AUGGGGGGUAUUCGGAUUGCGAUUGAUAGAGGUGGUACGUUCACCGACUGUAUCGGGAAUCCCGGUUCAGGAAAUCCUGAAGACGAUGUAGUUGUUAAGCUUCUAUCUGUAGACCCUAAAAACUAUCCAGAUGCCGCUUUGGAAGGGAUUAGAAGGCUUUUAGAAGUAUUCAGCAAGUCCUCAAUUCCUCGAGGGUCAAAACUUGAUAUUCAAGGUGUGGAAAGUAUUCGGAUGGGUACUACAUUGGCCACGAAUUGUGCUUUAGAGAGAAACGGGGAACGAUGUGCUUUAGUUACUACCAAGGGUUUCAAGGAUGCUUUAGUGAUCGGGGAUCAAACUAGACCCAAGAUAUUUGAGCUUAAUAUCCAAAAGCCUCUGCCGUUAUUUGAACUGGUGGUAGAAGUCGACGAGAGAGUCACUCUUGAAGAUUAUGCAGAGGACCCUGAAUCCAAACAUGCAGUUGCGGAUAAUGCCCCGAAUACGGUAGUUGGGAGAAGUGGUGAAGUCGUGCGGAUUUUGAGAGAGCCUAACGAAGAUAGCAUCGAGUCCUCGUUGAGGCUAAUCUACGAAGCUGGUAUUCGUUCUAUAGCCGUGGCAUUUUUACAUUCCUAUACAUAUCCGGACCACGAAAUUGCAGUAGCGCACAUUGCGAGAAAGAUAGGAUUUUCUGACAUUACUGUUUCGUCUCAGCAAUUUCCUAUGAUCAAGUUUGUUCCUAGGGCUAAUAGCUCGAUUGCUAAUGCAUACUUGACACCUGUAGUCAGAAAUUAUUUGGAGGGAAUUGAGGCUGGUCUUGUGAAUGCUGAAAACACUCAUAUUCAAUUCAUGCAGUCCGAUGGAGGUCUUGUUGAAGGCUCUCGGUUUUCUGGCCUAAAGGCUAUCUUAUCUGGUCCCGCUGGCGGUGUUGUUGGGUAUUCUGCUACUUGUUAUGACUCUAAUAACAACAUUCCACUCAUCGGAUUUGAUAUGGGCGGCACUUCAACCGAUGUCAGCAGAUUUGGGGAGGGCAAACUCGACCACGUUAUGGAAACCGUAACUGCUGGAAUAGUAAUUCAGUCCCCUCAACUUGAUAUUAAUACAGUGGCUGCCGGUGGUAGUUCGAUGCUAUUUUGGGAGAAUGGUCUUUUUAGGGUUGGGCCAGAAUCUGCUACCGCAGAACCCGGUCCUGCAGCUUAUCGCAAGGGUGGUCCAUUGACAAUCACUGACGCAAAUCUUGUUCUUGGCCGAUUAGUACCGGAGUUCUUUCCUAAAGUUUUUGGACCUCAAGAGAACGAAUCGGUUGACAUCGAAGCGUCGCUGGUAAAGUUCCGUCAGCUUACGGAUAUUGUAAAUAAAGAUUUGAAUUCCGAGAUGAGUUUGGAGGAAGUGGCAUUUGGUUUUAUUAAAGUUGCCAAUGAAUCUAUGACAAGACCAAUUCGGCAGCUCACUGAGGCUAGAGGUCAUAUUGUUUCGAAUCAUCGGCUUAUCACGUUUGGUGGUGCCGGAGGCCAGCAUGCAGUGGCUGUAGCCCAGUCGUUGGGUAUUGAUACUGUCAUUGCACACAGGUAUUCCUCUAUCCUUUCAGCUUAUGGGAUGUUUUUGGCAGAUGUUGUGGAGGAUAUUCAAGAGCCUUGCUCUCACAUCUUAAACCAUCCAAAUAUAGAGAGUAAGAUUUGCGCACGUUUCGAAGAACUAGCCAAGAAGGCUACUACAAACCUAUUGGAACAAGGGUUUAAAGUGAGUGAAAUUGUUUUUGAGAGGUACUUAAACCUCAGAUACGAAGGUACUGAAUCUACUUUGAUGAUUCUGAAAGACGCCAAUUCUUGGAACUUUGAAAAGUCUUUUGCAGAGACGCACAAGCGCGAAUUUGGAUUUUCUUUGUGUGAUAGAGACGUUAUCAUUGAUGACAUCAGAAUACGUGCCAUCGGUAAGGGCCACGUCAGAUCGGAAGAGUCCAUUGACGAACAGUUGUCAAAUUUAAGACGAAGAACUGUCGAUCCCAAGAAAGAAUCCAGUUUUUUCAAGAAGGUGUUUUUUGAAUCUGGCUUCAUUAAUACACCGGUCUAUCGAAUUGAAAAAAUGUCCGCUGGGAGUAUUGUAAAGGGCCCAGCAAUUUUGGCGGACGGCACGCAAACAAAUGUCAUACCACUUAAAGCUGAAGCCACUAUUCUUAAAUCUCAUGUUGUUAUCAGACUACUGGGUCAAGUGCGCAAAUUUGAGGAAGCUUCUGAAGAAGUAAAUCCUAUCCUACUUUCAAUCUUCAGCCACAGAUUUAUGGACAUUGCAGAGCAAAUGGGAAUCCAACUGAGGAAGACUUCAAUUUCGACUAACGUGAAAGAAAGACUGGAUUUUUCUUGUGCUCUCUUUGAUCCAGAUGGGAAUCUGGUGGCUAAUGCUCCACAUGUCCCAGUGCAUUUAGGCUCUAUGUCGACAUGUAUUGCAGCUCAGGCCGCAAUUUGGAAAAACAAAUUGAAGCCGGGAGAUGCCAUUUGGACCAAUCACCCUGAGGUGGGCGGCACGCACUUACCAGACAUUACGGUUAUCACUCCUUCAUUUUCGGAAAAAGACGGCGAGAUUAUAUUUUAUGUGGCCUCAAGGGCACAUCAUGCAGAUAUUGGUGGAAUUCUGCCUGGAUCUGUUCCUCCAAAUUCAAAAGAGCUUUACGAAGAAGGCGGUACUGUAUACUCGGAGCUACUGCUCGAUGGGGGUGAAUUUGAUGAGGCGUCGGUAAAGAGGUUGUUGUUUGAUGAACCCUCUAAGUUUCCUGGCUGUUCUGGUUCUAGGAGACUCAGUGACAACAUCAGCGAUCUGAAAGCGCAACUUGCUGCAAAUUCUAAGGGUAUUCACCUAAUAAGCAAAUUGAUGCAAGAUUUUGGACUUGAAAUGACCGUAAAGUACAUGCGUGCAAUUCAAGAUAACGCAUGUGCAACAAUCAAGAAAGUCUUGAAGCAAGUGACUGAACAUUUUGGAUCCACCGAGUUCUCUAGCGAAGACUAUAUGGAUGAUGGAUCUGUGAUAAAAUUGAAAGUAUCACUUGAUGUGAACAAAGAAGAGUACGUCUUCGAUUUUGCUGGAACUUCCCCACAAAUAUACGGUAAUCUAAACGCACCUAUUGCUAUUACAAAUUCUGCGAUUUUGUAUUGUCUGAGGUGCUUGGUAAAUGAGGACAUACCGUUGAACCAAGGAUGUCUGAGCCCUAUAACAAUAAAAGUACCACAAGGGUCAUUACUAAGUCCCACGAAGGGUGUCGCUGUUGUUGGAGGAAAUGUCCUCACCUCUCAGAGAGUGACAGAUGUUAUUUUGAAGACUUUCAAAGUGAUGGCAGAUUCCCAAGGAGAUUGCAACAACUUUACGUUUGGCACUGGUGGCAAAGACCCGAUUACAGGUGAAGUCUUGGGAGGAUUCGGAUACUAUGAAACAAUCUGCGGCGGCCAUGGAGCAGGUGGUGAUUCGUGGAGAGGCCCUGGCUGGCAUGGGACUGAUGCUGUUCAUACUAACAUGACAAACACCCGGAUGACAGACGUUGAGAUUUUAGAGCGAAGAUACCCAGUGCUGGUUCGGGAAUUCUCAAUAAGAAGAGGCUCAGGUGGUGGAGGUCAGUACAAAGGUGGAAAUGGUGUCAUCCGUGACAUUGAGUUCCGGACUCCGGUUCAAGCUUCAAUGUUGUCCGAGCGCCGUGCUAUACCACCAAACGGCCUUCAUGGUGGGGGAAAUGGCGCGAGAGGCUUGAACCUUUGGAUUCGCAAGCAAACGGGUGUUGUCAUCAAUAUCGGUGGCAAAAACACUAUAAACGCACAGCCCGGUGAUCGUAUUGUUAUUAUGACCCCUGGUGGUGGCGGCUACGGACUAUAG